AGUCUUCAUUAGUCUUUUUGUCAAGUUUCAAUCUUGGAACAACUACAGCGGCUUCCCUCUUCACAUACUACAAGGCUGCGUCCAUCGCCACUCUCCCUCUCAUCCUCCCGAACACAUCCACCAGCAGAAACACACAAAAAUGGCCGACUCUGGAAUCCCCCCGGACGGUGCCCCGGCAGCCGUCGAGCACCUGAACAUCAAGGUCACGGAUAACAACAACGAAGUCUUUUUUAAGAUCAAGCGUACGACGCAACUCAAGAAGUUGAUGGACGCCUUCUGUGAGCGGCAGGGCAAGCAGCCGUCGACUGUGCGCUUCCUCUUUGACGGUACCCGUGUGCGGCCGGAGGACACUCCUGACACUCUGGAAAUGGCCGACGGAGAUACCCUGGAAGUGCACCAAGAACAGAUUGGUGGCUAGACACUUUUUUUUAUAAAUUCUGAGCACGAGAAUAACGACUCUACGAAUUCUAAAGAAACUCAUUCCUCGAUUUCUCUGUACAAUUUUACAGGUCUUGAUAUCA